GACGGUCCAAGUCAUGUGAUCUUGGCGGAAGUGUGUGUUUCCAGAAUCCCGAGGUGGUAUCUUGAGUGUAACGGUUAUGUACAUAGCACCUCACGAACCAAGAUCUACGUUUGUCUGAGAAGGUAACUAGUGAAGAGGAUUCGUCAGUGCCACCAUGAAGAAAAAGGUGUUGUUGAUGGGGAAGAGUGGGUCAGGCAAGACCAGUAUGAGGUCCAUUAUCUUUGCUAACUACAUCGCCAGAGAUACCCGCAGACUGGGAGCUACAAUUGAUGUGGAACAUUCUCAUGUGAGAUUCCUGGGCAACUUGGUGUUGAACCUGUGGGACUGUGGAGGACAGGAGGCGUUCAUGGAGAACUACUUCGCCAGUCAGCGAGACAAUAUAUUCCGGAAUGUGGAGGUGUUGAUCUACGUGUUUGACGUGGAGAGUCGGGAGCUGGAGAAAGACAUGCACUACUACCAGUCUUGUCUGGAGGCCAUCUUGCAGAACUCCCCCGAGGCUCGGAUCUUCUGCCUCAUCCACAAGAUGGACUUGGUGCAGGACGACCAGAGAGAGCUGAUAUUCAGGGAGAGAGAAGAGGACUUAAAGCGACUGUCGAAGCCCCUCCACUGUACAUGUUUUGCUACCUCAAUUUGGGAUGAGACAUUAUAUAAGGGUUGGUCGUCCAUCGUGUAUCAGCUGAUCCCUAAUGUACAACAACUUGAGAACAACCUAAAGAACUUCGCUGACAUCAUUGAUGCUGACGAAGUGCUGCUGUUUGAAAGAGCUACAUUCCUGGUGAUCUCACAUUGUGAACGGAAGCCUCAUCGAGACGUACACAGGUUUGAGAAGAUCAGUAACAUCAUCAAACAGUUCAAGCUGAGUUGUAGCAGACUGGCCGCAUCCUUCCAAAGCAUGGAAGUCCGUAAUUCAUCCUUUGCUGCCUUCAUUGACGUUUUCACCUCCAACACAUACGUCAUGGUCGUCAUGUCGGACCCAGCAAUACCUUCUGCCGCCACGCUCAUCAACAUCAAGAAUGCUCGCAAACAUUUUGAGAAGUUGGAACGUGUUGAACAACAUCCAGCCAUAGCCAGCAGAUGAUGGGAGUAGACACACAGUGCUAGUGUAAUACAACUUGCUGACUUGACAUUAAUGUAUGUGUGUCUGCAAUGGACGUACGAUGAGUGCGUCGAUGUACAUGACGCGUCUAUGAUGGAAAGUGUUGACAGAUGUGAUUUUUCAGUGAGGAACUGUGGUUCAACAUUGAAUCCAUGAAUGUUCCCAAAUAAUAGAACCAUUAAAGGGAUACAGGUCCCGUUGUCACAUGACCAAGUUAGGGGAGAUAUGCCUCAAUUUUUCAGAUAGAUUUGCAGGGGUGAUGAAUAUUCAGUGAACCAAAUUUUCCCUCAAGCUUGAAGACAUAUGUUUAUUGACAUUGUACAAUACAACCAGCAGUAACUGUCUUUGUAGCACACUCUCUUUGACAUGAAAUGCUCUCCACCUCGGAUAUCAUGUUGGAAUGACUUGUCAUCCCAACGUCAUCAUGUUUUCUGUAAUAUGUGAAUCUGCUUUGUUAGCAGAAUGUGAAAAAUAUUUACAUAUACAUGUAUUGAUAAAUAUUAAUCCAACUUUA